UUUUCUUUCUGCUUCUGAGUUCUGACUGGCAUAAGUCGGCUGCUGCUAAGUUAGUUGUAUUGUUUCCCAAAUUGUAAUUCUAUUUCUAUUCUAUUCUAGGCCUAGGUGUGGCGUGCAAGACCUUCCUCAAUCUUGUAUUUCCUCUUUGUUAAUAAUAAUUUUGGAACGGAAUAAUUUUCACUCAGUUGGAGUUGACUCAAGUGCGAGCGUAGGUGGUUCUUUGCUGUCCUGUAUUCGUCAGAUGAAGUAGUAAACAUGUCAGUAUAAAGGCUACUAACUUGUUCAACCUUAUGCUAUGCAUUAGCCUAUUAAACUAACUGGGGCCUACAUAAUAGUUCGCAAUUUUGAAGACCAAUCUCGCUUUCCAACCACAAAAUGUUGGUCACUCAGUUGUUGGUAUUGCUCUGCAUUUCACUGUCGUCGGGUACAGAUUAUUAUGAACUUCUCGGAAUCACAAAAGAUGCUGACAACAAAGAGAUUAGGAAAGCUUUUAAAAAGCUGGCAGUCACACUGCAUCCAGAUAAAAACUUGGAUGACCCAGACGCCAACGAGAAGUUCGCCAAGGUAACAAGAGCAUAUGAAGUACUGAAAGACCCUAGUCAGCGGAAGCAAUACGACCUUCACGGGGAAGAAACCCCCUCUUCAUGGAGUCAGAGUCAGUACCACAGUUACUCUUACUACAGAGAUCACUUUGGCAUCUACGACGACGACCCGCAGAUAGUUACGCUGAACAUGGCCGAUUUUGACUCCCUGGUGACCAAGUCCGGAGUCCAGUGGUUUGUCAACUACUACUCUCCACUGUGCUCUCACUGUCAUGACCUCGCUCCCGAGUGGCGUAAACUUGCCUUGGAUCUCGAGGGUGUCGUCAUGUUCGGGGCCGUCAACUGUGAGGAAGACUGGGCCUUAUGUCGGCAACAGAACAUACGCUCUUAUCCUUCACUCAUCAUGUAUCCUUCGAACGAGCGCUACGCAGGCUCCCGCUACAAGGAACCACUGACAAGGUUUGUUCUGGACCGGGCCAAGACAGAGGUACAUGAGAUCAAGUCGGCAGACAACUGGGCAACUUUGACAGGAGAGCCAGGGCGUCACAGCUGGGUGUUACUGUUGUGUAAUGGACAGUCAUUGCCUGACUGUCUAGCAGAUGACGAGCGGACCAGGCUGGCAGCGGCUCUGAAUGGGGUGGUGGGUGUUGCAACAGUAGAAUGUCUACUAGUGCCAAUCUGCCCUCAGCUGGUUCAGGGAGAGUACACCAGUACUGUCUUCUGGAGAAAGUCGCCAGACGGAGACAGUUUUGCCACCAGAAUAGUGAUGAGUGACAAUCCUAGAGAUAUGGUGAAGGAAGUUUUUACUUAUCUGCCGGACCUUCAACAACUUGACCCUGAAAAGUUCCAUGAUAUCAUCACUCAGUUAGAGCUUGGGUCCCGGACCUCAUGGUUGGUUGAUUUCUCUGUUGGAGCGGACAAUGAACUUGACUUAGAAAUCAGAAAACUUCCAUCAAUGUUAAGCGACAUGCGCGUUGGACGUGUAAAUUGUGCUCGACACCGUCAGCUGUGUGAGGACUAUUCCAUCUCCCGCUACCCAUCCUUUGCCGUGUUCAAGCCUGGAGGAGGUUACGAGUUCUUUCACGGAACACCGUCCGCCAUCAGUGUGUCACAGUUUGCCAGGGAGAGUGCCAGUGCUACCAACCUACGCACACUCUCACAGCAACUCUUCCCUCAGCUGGUCACGCAGGCUCAAGAUGGCGACAGUGCGUGGUUCAUAGACUUCUACGCACCGUGGUGUCCUCCGUGUCUGCGUCUGUUGCCUGAGCUGCGUAAGGCGAGUCAACACUUCUCUCCUGUAGUGAGGUUCGGCACAGUGGACUGUACGAUACAUGCGGCCCUGUGUCGUCAACACAACGUACAGUCAUAUCCUACAACAAUGCUGUUCAACCAGUCCCGACCUUCGCAGACUUUCCGAGGCGAACAUUCUGCCAGCAGCAUAAUAGACUUCAUACAGGAUGUCAUCAACCCUAGAGUUAUAAAACUGACAGAGGAGACCUUCUACACAUCUGUUGGCCGCAAAACUCCAGACUCUGUAUGGCUUGUGGACUUCUUCAUGCCUUGGUGUGGGCCUUGUCAGCAGCUGGGACCUCAGUGGAGAAAACUGGCAAAGAUGGUGUCAGACAUGGCGAAUGUGUUUGUCGGAGAAGUGAACUGUGAAGAAGAGACAGACUUGUGUCGACAACAAGGGGUCCACAGCUACCCCACCAUCAGACUGUACCCCACGGGCAGUACAGGGUUCAACACUGUAGCGAUGUACAGUGGUUAUCACAGAGAUGCCAAGUCCAUCCGCCAGUGGUUGUUCAACUUCCUACCCUCGGCCGUGGUAGAGUUGACAGCUGAGAGUUUCGAGGAGGUUGUGGAAGGCUCGGACCCGUGGUUGGUGGACUUCUACGCUCCGUGGUGCGGCCACUGUCACUCCUUCGCUCCGGAGUUUACCACUGUCGCUAAGAAACUGGAGGGCCGAGUGAAGUGCGGGAAGGUGAACUGUGACAGCCACUACCAGGUGUGUCAACGCGCUGGAGUGUCUGCGUACCCAACUGUGCAGUUCUACCAACCGCAGUCUCACAGUGCGCGAGGUGUGGAGAUCACUACACAACAGGCUGACAAGAUCAUCAGCUUCGUCGAGGAGAGACUGAGGCCGUCACAAACACAUGAUGAAUUGUAACUGUGAUACUAGCUGUAGAUGAAUGUGUCAGUGUGUAGGUAAUGGUCACAUCACACAUAGGCUAAGAGUGAAUGAGGUUAGAUUAGUGAUCCUACAAAUUUGGUCUUAUACUCAAUUUAUUAUUUUAUUGAAGAUGAACAUACUUUUAUGUGAGCUUACGCGUUGCUUAUAAAGCAUACCAAGUUCAUGCUAUAAAUAUUAUACUAAUUUGUUAGAAGAUUGAUACAAAAGACAGUUGACAGGCCCUCGUUAAAAAU